AUGAAAGGCAAGCCCGCCAACAACAAGCCCGGUGCCCCUCGACGAUCUGAUCUCGAUCAGCACAAAAACGACAGAGAUGUCAUGAAUGGGAGCUUUCGGCAGAGCUGGAAAAGGAGCAGCCUCGGCCAGCUCCCGGGAUCUGUCGCAGUGCGUUUGAGCAAAUCAUUGUCUUUCGAGGACUCAAGGAGGAGUAGCUAUGGUUGCAGCAUUGACUCCAAUGCGUUGCAGUUCAACGGCGGGGGAUGGGUGAGUGGUGGGAGUGACUCGGUGGCGAAUGUUUGCUUCUGUAGGAGGAUUGUGAAGCUAUGCGACGUGAUUGUGGUGGCAAUGGGGUACAGGUUGGCACCAGAUAAUAAGUAUCCUGCGGCUUUUGAGGAUGGUAACAUAACAACACAUUCUGAGAUCAAGCUGGCAAACUCGUACUUGUAUGACAAGUCAAUGUGCUUGUUCACCUGGAAGCUCUUCCUCCCGGAGGAAGAGUUCAGCCUCGAUCACCCGGCUUCCAACCCUCUCGUCCCGGGCACGGGUGGCCCACCAUUGAAGCUCUUGAGGCCCACCUUCACGGUGGUGGCAGAACAAGAUUGGAUGAGGGAUAGGGCCAUCACUUACUCCGAGGAAUUGGGGAAAGUGAAUGUCGAUGCUCCUGUUCUGGAGUACAAGGAUGCAGUUCACGAGUUUGCUACCCUCGACAUGCUGCUGAAGAUGCCUCAGACUAAGGCAUGUGCGGAGGAUGUUGCGAUCUGGGUGAAAAAGUUUAGUUUGUUUCGAUGUCACAGUUUCUCGUAUUAG